AUGUCCUCUCCUUCGGGGACCUCGCUGGAGAAGCCGCAGAUCAUCGCGCACGCGCAGCAGGGCCUGAACUACACCGUCUUCGAGUGCAAAUGGGUGCCCUGCAGCGCCCGCCUGGUCUGCCUGGGAAGCUUCCCAAGAGGCACCGGCGUCAUCCAGCUCUACGAACUGGCCGGGGGCCGCCUCAGCCUCCGCCGAGAAAUUGAAAAGCCAAGGCCGAUUAAAUGUGGAACAUUUGGUGCUGCCUCUCUGCAACAAAGAUAUCUGGCUACAGGGGAUUUUGGUGGAAAUCUAAAUAUAUGGAAUUUGGAAGCCCCAGAAACUCCAGUGUACUCUGCAAAGGGACAUGAAGAAAUUAUAAAUUGUAUUGAUGGUGUUGGUGGCUUGGGGGUUGGAGAAGGAGCACCAGAAAUUGUGACUGGUAGUCGUGAUGGGACUGUGAAGGUGUGGGACCCAAGACAAAAAGACAUUCCAGUUGCAAAUAUGGAACCAGCACAAGGAGAAAGCAAGAGAGACUGCUGGACAGUAGCAUUUGGCAAUGCAUAUAAUCAAGAAGAGCGUGUUGUGUGUGCUGGCUAUGACAAUGGAGAUAUCAAGUUGUUUGACCUUAAGAACAUGACAUUGCGAUGGGAAACCAACAUUAAGAAUGGGGUUUGCAGUGUUGAAUUUGACCGGAAGGAUAUAAAUAUGAACAAAUUGGUUGCUACAUCACUUGAAGGAAAGUUUCAUGUAUUUGAUAUGCGCACUCAGCAUCCAACCAAAGGUUUUGCUUCAAUUUCAGAGAAGGCUCACAAAUCUACUAUGUGGCAAGUUCGACAUCUUCCACAGAACAGAGAUAUCUUUUUAACUAGUGGAGGAGCUGGAAGCCUUCAUCUUUGGAAAUAUGAUUAUCCUGCAGAGCGCUCUAAGAAGGAUUCAGAAGGAACUGCGAUGGGAGUUGCUGGUUCAGUUAGCCUUCUCCAGAAUGUGACAUUGUCCACACAGCCUAUUUCCAGUCUUGACUGGAGCCCUGACAAAAGAGGCCUCUGUGUCUGCAGUGCAUUUGAUCAGACUGUGAGAGUACUUAUUGUCACUAAAUUGAACCGGGUUUGACCAAAGGAUUUCUAAUGAAGAAAAACUUCAUUGGAUUUUCCUAACCAAGCUUCCAGAAGUUUGUUGAAGUAUUGUGUGGCCUUUGGUUGAUAUCACAAAAUGUGAAAAACUUUGACUUGGGUGGGUAUUUACUUCUUUGAAAAUGAAAUGUGCCUUUUUUACACAUUAAAACCUGUUUCCCAUUUAUGCUGAAGUUACACUGGAGUUCAAAGUACUCAACUUUCAUUGAGUCUUGUACAGCAGUUUGCAUUUUUUUAAAAAUUGUUCUCAAUAUGUACUUACAUUCCAUUGUCCACAAAAGCAGUCUUACGACAUUUCAGAAGCCAAUUUUCAGAAUUACCAUGUUUUGUGCUCUCUUGUGUUAUUUAAUUUGUUGUAUGUCAAUAUGGCUUAGGUUGCACUCAUUUUGUGCGUUUAUAAUUUAACUAGAAUAAACAUUAAAUUCUUAAUUUUCUGAUAUUGGCUAAUUGUUUAAAAUAAUAUAAGUAUAUACAGUGAAUUAAUAUUGUAAUUUUUUAAUAGUUCUUUCAGAGAGGAGAAUACAAUAGAUCAGAGUUUCUCCAACUAUUCCUCCAAAUGUUUUGGACUUCAGCUCUCACAAUUAUUAACAACUGUUAAGCUGGCUGGAAUUUCUGGAAGCUGGAGUUCAAAACACCUGGAAGAGCACAGUUUGAGAAACUGCAGUAGAUUAUUAAAUCAAUGAGAACAUGAAUAUUUAUCACAUAAAUGCCAUUGAUUCAGUAAAUUUACUCUGUUUGGAAUUUGCA